AUGACUCAAAAGCUCAAUACAUUGAAUAUAAUUAAGCCGAAUGUGUCAGGGCUAAAUGCACAAGUGGCAAUCAACACGGUUGAAACCUUACUAGCCAUAUCAAAUGGUGUGAGUGACGGACCUGAGUAUUAUCACACAACUCGAGCAAGCGGAUUUUCAGCAAUCCAGCAAAAGUGUCGUCGGAUCAUCUGUCCUGAUACUUUCACAUCGAGUGUGGAAAACGAGUUUCAUGCUGGCGGUGGUGGACUUUCCGUAGGUUUCCGAUCUCUAGAGAGAUCGGUAGGUUUCGGAUCUCUCGUCUCGAAGAUUGAACGAGCUGGAAGGCUACGUCGACCAGCUUAUGAGCAUUGCUUUUGUCAUAUAAUCUCACAGGACAAUCCUCUUCUAGAAUGCUGGGGUACGGUCAAAAAACUGCGACCUCGUUUUAACUUUAUCAAGGAUUAG